ACGACACAUGAAAUAUAGCUGCAAACAAAUCUGUCAGCUCUCUGCUUCAGGCUGAUACAACUGUUGGUUUCUUGGGAGUCCAAUCAGGGAAGCUUUGUCUUCUGACUUCUCCAAACUUACCUGCUAGAACAGCUCCCAACAUGGAACCCACCAUCGACUACACCGAUCUGUUCUUGGAUUAUAAUUUGUGGGGAAAUGAAAGCUUCCUCUUCAACAUGUCAGCUGGUAACAGCACUUUUGUUCCUGUCAUGCCGCCGGCGAUCAACAAAGCCAUCAACCUGCUUUUGGUUGUCGUCCUAACCAUCACAAUGGUGUCAAUGGGAUGCACCAUGGAGGUGGCCAAGAUCAAGGAUCACAUAUUGAACCCUAAGGGGGUUCUCAUUGCAGCGACAGCCCAGUACGGGAUCAUGCCUCUGACAGCAUUUAGCCUGGCCAAGGCAUUCCAGCUGAGUGAUAUCCCAGCAGUGGUUGUUCUGAUCUGUGGCUGCUGUCCUGGAGGAACCAUGUCCAACAUCCUGGCCCUCGCUCUGCAUGGAGACAUGAACCUCAGCAUAGUGAUGACAUCCUGCUCCACCAUGCUGGCUCUGGGGAUGAUGCCUCUGCUGCUCUACCUCUACUGUCAGGGCUUCGCUAACAUACAAGACUUUGUGCCGUACGGGGACAUCAUGAAGUCUCUGGUCAUGAUCCUCGUUCCCUGUGGCAUCGGGAUCCUCCUCAACUACUACAGGCCACAGUACUCCAAGACCAUCACGAGGACUGGGAUCAGUAUAUUGUUGCUGGCUGUUGUGGUGGUCUGCACUCUGGUCACUAUUGGGGUCGGGGGCUCCAUCCUGAACGUGCUGGCUCCUCGCCUCAUGGCUGUCGGCUCCCUCAUGCCCCUCAUUGGAUACUCCUUUGGUUACAUCAUCUCCUCGCUCUUCAAACUCAAACAUAAAGAGAGGAGGACAGUUGCUAUGGAAACGGGCUGUCAGAACAUCCAGCUGUGCACCACCAUAUUGAAGCUGGCCUUUCCUCAGGAGCUGAUUGGCACUCUGUUUCUGUUCCCCUUCGUCUACGGGGUCCUGCAGCUGAUCGAAGCUGUCGUACUCAUCGUGGUGUUCAGGACUCACCAGUACUUCACACGAGAAAAGAAAGAGAAGUACCAGUCAACACCGAUGGAAGAAAAGCCAACACUGAUGGAGGAAAAGCCUGAAAAAUCCCCUGAGGGCACCGUGUGAUGGACUGAUGUCAGACUAAGCUUGAUUUCUUUACCAGUUUAAACUGUUGCUGACCAAAGAAAGAGCCCUCUGUGCGAGAGCUCCUGCACUACUUGAAACUAACAAAAUAUCUAAUAAGAAGGCACUGAUGAAGGAGAAAUUUAUGAUCGAGUUAAAAUUGUUUUUUAUUGUUUACGUCCGUUGUCUUCCUACACCAUACAAACAUCCAUGUGUUUUUCACUGAAAAUAAAAUCCUUAUGUACAAAAAUGUCCUCCAAACUCUUGUCUACAUGUUCAUCUGAAGCACAGAAACAUCACAGCACCAACAAGUUCUCCUGGAAUUACAAUUUACACUUAUGUAAAACAAAAAGUCUGCAAUGCUGUACACAAAACCCUUCAAACAAAAGAACAAGGCUAGAAUAAACUGCAUUUCAGAAGUGACACCAUUAAAGUGUUGACCUUUACCCAAAUAGUUUUUUACAUCUCCUAACAAAGUAAAAAUCCAACAGUCAGCUGCAAGAAAAUGUAAGAUUAGUGAAAUUUACAGUGUUAUUCUAUAGCUGUUUGACCGCAGUACUAAUGUGCAUUAUUGUACAGUGCCCUUUAUACCGAAGCUGCCAAUGCCAG